CGAACAGUCCGGAGCAGCCCGGCGAGUCAUCAGCACCAUCUGAGAGGAGAAGAGAGGAGCGAGCUGCUCUGAUGAACCAGCAGCAGCAGAGAAGAAGAAGAAGAGGAAGAGGAGGAGGAAGAGGAGACACUUCUUCUCUCACUUGUGCGUAAAAGUCUGUUGGAUUGUUAAUUAACAGCCUCACUGAUGGACUCUUCACCGCGCAGAAGGAUUCAGGAGUUAAUUACUGCAGAUUAACUUCACAGCGCUGCUUCAGGUGACUCUGAUUUAUUCUCACCUGUGAAUCUCUGAGCUCGGAUCAUAGAGACAGAACCGCGGACACGUUCUGUCCUGGGUUUGAUGGAAACAUGACCAAAGCUGCGCCCGGAGCGGUUCUCCUGCCCAGCCUCGCCUCCCGCCUGCUCCCGCUGCUGCUGCUGCUGCUGCUGCUGCUGCUGCUUCAUGCCUCCCCGGCGCGUCUGUCCGCGCUGCCCGGGCAUCCGGUGCGCUACUUCGGACAAAUAGCUGAGAACUCCCCGGCCGGGUCGCCGGUGGACGGGGUGGUGCUGCCGCUCGGAGCCGGCGGCUGCCCCGGAGCGGACCUGAGUGGCAGCCUGAAGGGGGAUUACGCGUCGGAUUUUAGGCUCGUUCACUACCGCGCGCACCGGGACCACCGGGGGCAUCUGGGUCUGGUCUCCGCCAGAGUUCUGGACCGGGAGUUUAUAGCGAUGUACGAGCUGACCGUGGAGCUGCCGCCGCGAUGUCUGAGGACACCGGCCGCCGUGCAGGUCGAAGUGUCGGACAGGAACGACAACAUGCCCCGGUUCACCGGCGGGAACCAGACGGUUGAAGUGGACGAGCUGACGGCCCUCGGAACCGAGCUGACCCGCUUUGACGCGAAGGACGGCGACGCGGAGAGGAACGGACGCGUCACCUUUUACGCGUCACCGGAGUCUCACCUGCUCCACGUGGUUCCGCAGACCGGACAGGUGAGGCUGGUCGGGUCCCUGCUGGGCGUCAGCCAGGUGACUCUGCGCCUGUACGUGACUGAUGGCGGAGCCGUGGCGCUGAUCGGUGGACCGGUGUUCCUGCGCGUCAACGUCCGCCGCUCCCGCAGCGCGCGGCGGAGGCCGAGGGCUCUGUCCGAGGAGCUGACCUACACCGUGACGGUCCCGGAGCACGUCAGAGUCGGGGACCUGGUCUUCACGGUGCCGGACCAGAGGUUCGAGCAGCGCUGGUUCGAGGUGAUAUCCGAGGCCGACGCGCCGGUUCAGAUCGAGCGGGACUCGGGGCGCCUGUACCUGGCGCGCAGCCUGCAGGAGCCCGCUGAGGUGGCGGUGAAGAUCCAGAACCUCCGAGGUGAUGACUGGUACCUGUGCAGGUUGACUCUCAGCAUGCCCAGCCAGGCUGACCUGCAGUGGGCCAUGUUUCCGUCACCCUACCUGGGUGCCGUGGGUCCCGACGCCACGCCCGGCUCUGUGGUGUACCGACUGUCGGCGCGGCAACGAGACGGGACGGUCGGACAGGCCCAGUUCCUCCUACUGGACGGUGGAGACGAGUGCUUCGAGGUGGACCGUCGCUCCGGUGAGAUCAGGACCACGGGUCGACCUCUGACCCCCAGCAGGGAGUACCUGAUGCGGGUGCAGGCGGUGGACGGACACGGUCGUAAAGGCCCGCCGGCCGCGGUCGCCAUCCUGGCCGGGUACCGACCGCCGCAGUUCACCAACGCCACCUACAGCCUGAACGUACCGGAGAACAAACCCGUCGGCCAACCCGUCGCCGUGGUUCAGGCCGUCUCCUUCCAGAAGAAGAGUCUGUCCUACAUGCUGCUGGUGAAUCCUGGGAAUCUGUUCAGCAUCAACCAGGAGAGCGGCGCGCUCAGCCUGACCAGGACCGUCGACUACGAGAGCGGACACAACCUGCACACCCUGCAGGUCCGCGCCUCCGAACCCGACACGGGCCUCAGCAGCGUGGCAGAGGUCGUCGUCCACAUCACAGAUGAGAACGACUGCACGCCAGAGUUCCUCCACUCCAUCUACACCAGAGACAACAUACCUGAGAGCAUCGCACCUGGAACCUCCCUGCUGCAAGUUCUGGCCCGUGACUGUGACUCAGGUGUGAACUCGGAGCUCUCUUACUUCGUCCACGGCGGCGACUUUGAUAUCACAUCGGGGGGUGUGGUCAGCCCCGCCCGUCGCCUGGACUACGAGCGACCCAAUCACAUCUACGAGUUUGUGGUGGUCGCUGUGGACGCAGGGACGCCCCCCCGGACAGGCACCGCCUCCGUCCGCAUCCGAGUUUCCAACAGCAAUGACGAGGCGCCCGUCUUCUCGCAGAGCGUUUAUAAGACCUUUCUAAGCGAGGAUGCCGGUCCAGACACGCUGGUCGCCAUCGUUCAUGCCAACGACCCAGACGGAGACGCAGUUUCGUACGCCAUCACUGGCGGCAAUGAGGACAGCAACUUCCUGCUGGACAACCAGAAGGGCAUCAUCAAGCUGCGCAGGAGUCCUCCUCCGAGGCUCAGAGGGCCGCAGUACGUCCUCAACAUCACCGCCACCGACGACAACGCGUCCGGCGGGCCGUAUCCGCUCAGCAGCUCCGCCCAGGUCAUCGUGGGGAUCAACGACAUCAACAACAACAAGCCGGUGUUCCAGGAGUGUCAGAACUACAGUCUGAACGCAGUGGUUCUGGAGAACCAGCCCCCGGGGACGUUUGUCCUGCGCGUUCAAGCCCACGACGCCGACAUGGGAGUCAACGGAGAGGUGAAAUACGGCAUCAUGCACAGAGACGGCGUGUCCUCCGGGUUUGACAUCGACCCCGACACCGGUGUGAUCACCACGACGAUGAGCUUCGACCGGGAGCGCCAGAGGGAGUUCACGCUGUCGGUGACGGCCACGGAUCAGGCCGACGAGCCGCUCAUCGGGAUCUGUCAGAUCACCGUCGUCAUCGCAGACCAGAACGACAACGACCCCAAGUUUGAAAACAGCCGGUACCAGUACUUCCUGCGGGAGGACACUCCGGUUGGAACCAGUUUCCUGCGAGCAGCGGCGCACGAUGACGACCAGGGGAGCAACGCCGCCAUCGCCUACUCCCUGUCCAAUCAGAAGCCAGCUUACCUGCACAUCAACCCCAGUACAGGCUGGAUUUAUGUCAACCACCCCAUCUCACAGACGUCCAGGAUCAACCAGCAGAUCGUGGCGUCAGACGGAGGGAACCGCAGCAGCUCCGUGGAGCUCACCGUCAUCAUCACCAACGUCCACAACCAGCCGCCACACUGGGAGCAGCCGGAGUACUGGGUCACGGUGCCGGAGAACACCGUACGGGACGCCAAGAUAGUCACCAUCAAGGCGACGUCUCCGCUCGGCGACCCCCGUGUGACCUACAACCUGGAGGAGGGUCAGGUGCCCGAGACCAACAUGCCGGUGCGGUUCUACGUCAAGCCCAACCGGGCCGACGGCUCGGCGUCCAUCCUGGUGGCCGAGAACCUCGACUACGAGACGACACGCUUCUUCACGCUGCGGGUGCGAGUCCAGAACGUCGCCGCCGUGCCGCUCGCGUCCUUCACCACCGUCUACGUCAACGUGACAGAUGUCAACGACAACGUUCCCUUCUUCCUGUCGUCCACGUACGAGGCCACGGUUCCCGAGGGAGCGGAGAUCGGCACGUCGGUGGCUCAGGUGUCGGCCACAGACCUGGACUCUGGUCUGCACGGGAUGAUCCACUACGUGAUCCUGCGGGACGAGAGCGGCGACUCUCAGUUCUUCAGCAUCGACUCGCGCAGCGGCGUCAUCGUCACUCGAGCGUCUUUCGACCGCGAGCAGAAAGCCUCCUACCUGAUCGAGGUCCAGUCGCAGGACGGCUCCGAGUCGGCUAGACCGGGCCAGCAGGGACAGCCCAACACUGACACGGCCUACGUCAGGAUCUUCAUCACCGACGUCAACGACAACGCCCCGGCGUUCGCCCAGCCGGUGUACGAGGUGAGCGUGGAGGAAGACAAGGAGGUCGGCUUCGUCCUCAUCACCGUCACCGCCAACGACGAAGACGAAGGCGCCAACGCCAAGCUGCGCUACCAGAUCACCUCGGGGAACACCAUGGGCACGUUCGACGUGGAGCCCGAGGUGGGCACCAUCUUCGUGGCUCAGCCGCUGGACUACGAGAUGGAGCAGCGCUACGAGCUCCGGCUGGUCGCCUCCGACGGCAAGUGGGAGAACGAGACGCUGGUGGUGGUUCAGGUGGUCAAUCGCAACGACGAGGCGCCCGUCUUCAGCCAGACCGAGUACCACGCCGCUGUGACGGAGGAGCUCACACAGCUGCCUGUUUUCAUCCUGGAGGUGUCUGCCACAGAUCCGGACCAGGAGGCCGAUCAAACCGCCCUCCGCUACUCCCUCCAUGGUCAGGGCGCUGGUGGCGAGUUUACCAUCGAUGAACGAACUGGAAGGAUCUACGCACAACGCCGUCUGGACCGCGAGGAGCGCCCGGCCUGGAGAUUCCUCGUCCUCGCCACAGACGAGGGAGGGGCGGGACUCACAGGGUUUGCUGAUGUGCUCCUAGAGGUUCAGGAUGUCAACGACAAUGCGCCGUUCUUUCCGUGCCCGGCGCUGGAAGUUGACGGAUGUUUUGUCGGCCAAGUGCCUGAAAAUUCCCCCGCCGACACCUCCGUCAUGGAGAUGCGAGCCAUGGAUCUGGACGACCCCAACGAGGGCAAGAACGCCAUGCUGACCUACAGCAUCAUCAAGAACGUCCGCAACGAGAUCAACCUCAACCUGUUCUCCAUCAACGCCAGCACGGGGACCAUCUACACGGUGCUGCGUUCGCUGGACCGGGAGGUGGAGGACCGCUAUCUGGUGGUCGUGGAAGCCAGGGACGGAGGGGGACUGGCGGGAACAGGAACAGCCACCAUCAUGGUUUCAGACGUCAACGAUCACCCACCCGUCUUCACUCAAAGGCUCUACACUACUCAGGUGACCGAGGACCUGGAGGUGAACAGCGAGGUUCUCGUAGUUUCUGCCACGGACGGCGAUGAGGGUGAGAAUGCUGUGGUGACCUUCAGCAUCGUUGGCGGUGAUGAGGACAGGAAGUUCUUUGUGGAGACGGACAAGGUGAACCGACGCGGCGUGAUAAAACUGAAAAAGAAGGUUGACUUCGAGAAGCCCCAUGAGAGGACUUUCAAUCUGACCCUGAAGGCUGAAGAUGCCGAUUUCUUCAGUCUGGCCUACUGUCUCGUCCAGGUGGAAGACUCCAAUGACCACGCCCCCGUGUUUUUCCCACAAUUCUAUGAGUCACCCGCCAUGUCUGAGGACGUACCUGUGGGGACAAUUGUAGCUCAGGUUACAGCUUCUGACCUGGACUCGGGUCAAAACGGGCGUUUUUCUUACAGCAUUUCGAAGGAGUCGGACCCCUACGGUCAGUUUCUGGUGGACCAGUCCGGUUGGGUGGUUGUGGCCGAUUCUCUGGACAGGGAGAAAAUCUCGCAGCACAGGAUCAUGGUCCUCGCCACGGACUCCGGGAGUCCACCCCUGACUGGCACUGCCAUCGUCAUGGUAACUAUUCUGGACAUCAAUGACAACGGGCCAGAGUUCGAGGUCUCCUACAAGCCCGUUGUUUGGGAGAACACCCCGGCGCCGCAGGCUGUCCGGAUGAACGAAACCUCCCUCCUGCUCCACGCCACCGACCGAGACACCUCCACCAACGGCGGGCCGUUCUCCAUACGCCUCCUCAUGCUCACCUCAGACGCCACCAACUUCAAUUUGACUGACUUUCGAAAUGGCAGCGCAGCCAUUACCGCCCUCCGGACCUUCGACCGCGAGCGCCAGAAAGAGUACCACCUCCCGAUUCUCAUGAUUGACAGCGGCUCUCCUCCAAUGAGCUCCACCAGCACGCUCACGGUCGUCAUUGGCGACCGGAACGACCACCCCCACUCACCGGGACACAGCAACUUCAUCGUCUACAGUUACGAGGGUAUUCUCCCGACGACGGCGCUCGGACGAGUUCAAUCCCCCGACCUUGAUGACUGGAGUGAGAAGGUGUACCGCUUCGAAGGCAGACCGUCCAGGUUGUUCAGUCUGAACCAGAGCUCGGGUCAGCUCAGCAUCAGGGAGGGGGCUCCUCCGGGCUCGUACCGCCUGCAGGUGCGCGUGUCGGACCGCACCUGGCCCGACGUCACCUCCACGGCUCAGGUGGACGUCAGGGAGCUGAAGCAGGACGCCCUGCAGAACGCCGCCUCCGUGCGCAUCAGCAACCUGACGGUGGAGGAGUUUUUUAAUGAUGGCGGCGAGGAGAGUCGCUUCUCCCGCCUGGGUCGAACGUUGGCCGAACUCCUGCAGACGUUGCCGGAAAAUGUCCAGAUCUUCUCCGUGAGCGCCGGCGGCCGGCAAGGAGAGAAGGCGCUCGACGUGUGGUUCGCUGCUCACGGCUCGCCGUACUACAAGGCUGAGAAGCUGCACGGAUACGUGGCAGCGAACAAAGCCGAGCUGGAGGCCAUGUUGGGCACGUCCAUCUCUCAGGUGGGUGUUGACGACUGUCCAUCCACCGACUGCAGUCAGACUGGCGGCUGCAGCAGCGACGUGACCUUCAGCCAGGCGCCGGUGGCUCUCAGCACCGGAAACACGUCUCUGGUGUCGCUGUCGGCCUCACUGACGGCUCGAUGUGGCUGCAAGGCCCGAGAGGCGAUCCACCUGCCCUGCUCCGCCUACCCCACCAACCCCUGCCUCAACGGGGGCACCUGCCAGGACGGACCCCUGGGAUACAGAUGUAAGUGUCCCCCCAUGUUCGACGGACCGGAGUGCCAGCAGACCAAACACAGCUUCGGGGGUCAGGGCUACGCCUGGUUCCCUCCCAUCAUGCCUUGCUUCCAGAGCCACAUCUCCCUGGAGUUCCUGGCUGAGUCUGCAAACGGCCUGCUGCUCUACAACGGGCCGCUCGGUCCGGCCCAGUCUGGAGAGCAGGAGGACUUCAUCGCCGUCGAACUGAGGAACGGGGUUCCAGCUCUGAGUAUCAACCACGGAUCAGGAACGCUGACCCUGCAGCUCCCGCCCAAGUCCACCGUCACCGACCGGCGCUGGCAUCGCCUCGACAUCAUCAGUGACGGGAAGGUCGUCCAGCUGGUCCUGGAUCAGUGUGCGGGGGUGGCGGUGAACGAGUUGGAGGGCGUCGGCGCCGACAGUCAGGAGACGGACGAGUCCGGCUGCAGAGCUGCAGGAGAGACGCCGGGAAACCAGCGGUAUCUGAAUGUCUUCCAGCCUCUUCAGUUGGGAGGAGUGAAGGAAACGUCUCCUCAUCGACAGUAUCGCAGUUUCACUGGCUGCAUCCGCAAUCUGGUGGUGGACAGCCAGGUGUACGACCUGGCGUCUCCAGGUGAGAGCGUGGACAGCAGCCCCGGGUGCAGGCUGACAGACGGCGUGUGUGUGACGGCAGCCGGUCCAUCCUGCGGCGUUCAGGCGUCGUGCCUCGCCGACUGGGGCUCCUUCAGCUGCGAGUGUCACCCGGGAUACACCGGACACAAGUGUGACAGGGCCGUCCCAGAGUUCUCCUUCGACUCGGGCAGCGUCGUACGUUAUCAGCUCCGAGGAGGCGGCAGCUCUCGCCGCACAAACAUCCAGCUGCUCCUCAGAACCAGAGCCACCUCGGGCACCCUGCUCUCCAUGGCGUCCCGGGAGGCCAACGAGUACAUCGUCCUGGAGAUUAUGGAGGGUCACCUCUCUGUUCGGACCAACCUCGGCGACGGCGCCCACGCCCUGCGGCUCCCCGGCCAGCGGGUGGACAUUGGGCAGUGGGUCCUGGUCCGGCUCGGUCGUCAGGACAACCUGUUCACCCUGCAGCUGGAGCAGGGCGGCGGCUCGAGGGAGAUCCGGGCCCGGCUGGGGAGCCACAGGGAGAUCGUGGUUCACCCGGCCAGCGUGAUGGUCGGCAGCGGCCCGAACACCGCAGACAAGGUCGACUUUCAGGGUUGUCUUCGGGACGUUCGUUUUAACGGUCAGGUCCUGCCUCUGGACGGGCAGAGCCGGGACUUGGUGACGGUCCUGGAGAGGCGGGCCGUCACACCCGGGUGCUCGAGCGACGCCUGCAGCAGCCAUCCCUGCCGCAGCCCGCUGCGCUGCAUCGACCUGUGGAGGAAGCACCAGUGCAGGUGUCCCGGUGGUCAGGUGACAGUGACAGAUGACUCGGGUCGGCAGCGUUGUGUGCCGUCGCCCUGUGGAUCUACUUCCUGCCGUAACGGUGGCAUCUGCCAGGCGCUGUCGCCCGACAGCUACCGGUGCCGGUGUCAGGACGGGUUCAGGGGUCAGCGCUGCGAGCUGGGACAGGUCAAAGGUCACCGGCUGGCCGCCCUCAGCCCGAGCUCCAUCCUCGCCAUCAGCAUGUGUCUGCUCGUCUUCUUCGCGGUGCUGGUGGCGGUGACGGUGUGGAACCAGAAAGGCAGCCGUAACAAGUUCAGGAAGCGAGGAGUUUACCACAUCCCCGCUGAACACGAGAGCUGGGAGGACAUCCGAGAAAACAUCCUCAACUACAACGAGGAGGGAGGAGGGGAGCAGGACCAGAACGGCUACGACAUCACCGAGCUGAAGCGUCCGCUGUGCUCCAGCCUGUCUCAGUCCUCGUCCUGCACCACCGCUCCGCUCAUCAAGUCCUCCCCCGGCUCCCAGGAGGAGGUGCACCCGUCCGGCUCCUCCUGCAGCUCGGGCGCUCCCUACCUCAGCAUCCCGCAUCACCACCACCACCACCAUCAGCACGCCGCCACCAACGGCUACACCGGCGAUGCCACCUACGCCAACUUCUCCGCCCACGUAGGCAGAGACGUGCAGACGAGCGACGGGGGAGGUUACGCGGAUGCGGCGUCCGGGUCGCGCUCUCAUGUGGACUUUAAAAGCUAUGUGUCGCGGAUCAUCUGGGAGGCGGACAACGAUGGCGAGGCGUUCCCGCCGGACGUGUACCACGUGUGGUGCGUGGAGGGCUCGGGGUCGUCGGCAGGAAGCCUCAGCUCGCUGGGCUCCGCCGCGUCACGGAGGAACAUUAGCACCGGCGAGGAGGAGGAGGAGGACGAAGGCGGGUUUGUUUAUGACAGGCUGUCGCGGUGGGGUCCAAAGUUCAAGGUUCUGAGCGAGAUGUACGACCGGCCGCAGCUGGGCCUCACGUACCGGGACGCCGUGGCGUACAUGCAGAGGAGCCACAGCCACGACCCGCUGCCUCAGCACCACUAGGGGGCACCACACACACACACACACACACACACA